CUUCUAGUAGAGAACCCUAAUUCAGUCCAUGGGAACCUCGCGUGUGACGUGUGCCUGUCUAAAACUCUAGCAUUGCACCGCUCGUUCCUGACUCUUACUUGGCUCCACAUUCCCUCGUAAAUACAUUAUUGCAUUCCAUUCUAAAUUGCGUUAUCAACAAGUGAUCGGUGUGACAGAUUUGUUUUAUACUGUGUUUCUGUUAAUUAGAAAUUAAUGCUCUAGAACUUCGUCCUGGUUAAAUAAAUAUUGUACAGGUUUUGGAAAAAAAACAGUGAGGAUAUUCCUUGUGUACGUGUUGGAUAUGCCGAGUUUAGCAUGGUUGCUCGCGUCCUCAACAAGGAACUGAGUACCAACAUGAGUUCUCACACUCAGUACACGGAGCUUCAUAGUGCUGCAAACUCUGCAUGCAAGAGGGAAGAGGAAAGCAUUUACAGCAGCAUGACUUCUCAUCUGCAGUAUCCUGAAGAACAACAGAACGGCUACACGUUCAAUGGUGUGGACAACAGGCAGGCUGAGGAGUGGGCGAGUUCAUCAGAAGGCCUGGGCUCCCCCUACAGCUCUGUGUCAUCUCCCCUCGUGCCACAGCACCCUUACUAUGCUGCUGGCGGCGAGGUUAUGACAGGUCUCAGUGGCCUGCCUGCGUUAAGCACUCCAGUCUCGAGCUACCAAGACCUGCCUCACCAACAACUGCACCACAGCAACACCCCCAACCCUCCUCCUCAUCACCAACACUUGGACCCACAGCACCACUCUGCUCCCAACUCACAACACAACCCUCCUUCCUCUCACCACCAAAGUUUAGGUCACAGGCCUGUAGAUUUAUCACAAGCUCCGUCACCACGACCCACUCACCAACCUCACCACCCACACUACCACCACCUCACCGCCCCCGCCCCUCAGCUGCAACACCACCUUCACCAGCAGCAGUCCCACACGCUCCCAAAGUCUGAGCCUGGGUGCGCGGCUGCUAUGCUCGCUGGCUCCCUGACGCCUCCAGACAAGCUUAACUCCGACCCUCAGCAACAGCAACAGCAGCAGCAGCAGCACCCAGCUCUUACUCAGCACCAGACUAUACCACAGCACCCUCAGCACCCAGCACAACAUCACCCAUCAGUGUCGGGCCCGCCAUCACUGCCCCAUCAUCACCCACAUCUUCUACCACCAGUGAUGCCCGCUCUCCACACUCCUCCAUCACCUUUGCCCACGCCGUCACCACCACACUACGAGCGAUAUACCACGAUGAAGGAACAGAGACUAACUCGGGAGGCCAUGCAGCGCUACCUCAACGAGCGUGGCGACCAAACUCUCGUCAUCUUACACGCCAAGGUUGCCCAGAAGUCGUACGGUAACGAGAAGCGUUUCUUCUGCCCGCCGCCGUGCAUUUACCUCUUCGGUGACGGCUGGCAGCGCAAGCGACACGAGAUCGCAAGGACCGCGAGCUCGGAGCACGACGCGCAGCUCUGCGCCUUCAUCGGCAUCGGCAACAGUGAUCAGGAUAUGCAGCAGCUCGAUCUCAAUGGCAAGCAUUAUUGUGCCGCCAAGACUUUAUUCAUCAGCGACAGCGAUAAACGCAAGCAUUUCCUUCUAUCCGUUAAAAUGUUCUGGGGAUCUGGAACCGAUAUCGGCGUCUUCCAUUCCCGAAGAAUAAAAGUCAUAUCGAAACCUUCCAAAAAGAAACAAUCAUUGAAGAACGCUGAAUUGUGCAUCGCUAGCGGCACCAAGGUGGCGCUUUUCAACAGACUGCGCUCUCAGACGGUCUCCACUCGUUAUUUACAUGUCGAAAAUGGUAAUUUUCAUGCCUCCUCUACGCAGUGGGGGGCUUUUACCAUUCAUUUGUUGGACGAGAAUGAGAGUGAGAGCGAGGAGUUCACGGUGAAGGAUGGCUACAUCCACUACGGCGCGACGGUGAAGCUCGUGUGCUCGGUGACCAGCAUGGCGCUGCCCAGACUUGUCAUCAGGAAAGUGGACAAGCAGAUGGCCCUUCUCGACGCCGACGAUCCUGUCUCGCAGCUGCAUAAGUGUGCCUUUUAUAUGAAAGAUACAGAGAGAAUGUAUCUUUGUCUCAGCCAAGAAAGAAUUAUUCAGUUCCAGGCGACGCCUUGCCCCAAGGAAUCCAACCGAGAGAUGAUCAACGACGGCGCCUCGUGGACGAUCAUCAGCACCGACAAGGCGGAGUAUCUCUUCUACGAGGGCAUGGGUCCUGUCAGGGCGCCCAUCACGCCCGUGCCCGUCGUCAACACCUUGCAUUUGAACGGCGGCGGUGAUGUGGCGAUGUUGGAGCUGACAGGGGAAAGCUUCACGCCGAUGUUGCGUGUGUGGUUCGGUGACGUGGAGGCGGAGACGAUGUACAGAUGUCAAGAGUCGAUGUUGUGUGUGGUGCCUGACAUCAGCGCCUUCAGAAGAGGCUGGCAGUGGGUCAGACAGCCCACGCUCGUGCCCAUAACGUUGGUGCGCAACGACGGCAUCAUCUACGCAACGAACUUGACGUUCACCUACACGCCGGAGCCUGGGCCACGACAGCACUGCCCUCAGGCGGACGCCAUCAUGCGGCCACACCGCGCCCCUCUGGCGGCAGCUCAGCAGCACGGCGACCUGCCCGGCCUGCAGUCUUCCCCUCCUGCCAACCCCCUCGUGCCGCUGCAGUUUGAGCCCUCACAGCCUCUGCCUCCUCAGGCCUUGUCACAGCAACAUGGUGGAGCUCCUCACAACAUGAACAUCAUGUCACACAUACAGCAGCAGCAACAACAACAGCCUCAGAUGCAACAGCACCAACAACACCCACAAUCAUCACAACAACAAGCAACUCACCAGCAGCCUCAAUAACACAUACUGAGCAAGACUCGCGUUUUAGCUCAAUAAUAACUUCCCAUUGAAUGGUACGACACAUAGAACCCGCGUGUAAACUAUUAGCCACGUAUAUGGGGAGUCUCGGGUGAUAUGACAAUUCGUUAAGGCUUUAAAGUGCACUUAUUACUGUUGAAAAUGUUUCUAUGGUGUAAUAUACUCAUUAUCUAAUACCUUUUAUUUUACUCUAUAAUAUGUUGUCUAAAGCUCGUCACAAAUUACAUGCACGAGUUCUUAAUAACCUAUGCGCUUUCUCGAGCACCAACCAAGACUAUACAACACAUGCGUAUUCGUAUUUAUUUUACCCGGAUGUUUGCUGUGUUGUUUCAUCUAGAAAAUCUUGAUACUUCAUUUUCUUGAGCUGAACCUCCAACGGUUCCCGAAGACCUGGCUACUCUCAAGUUUGUGCCACUACAAGUCACAAACACACUACAAAUGAAGAUUUUUAAACUGUUCUCUGCAAGCCCGAAAGAUUCUUUAUGAUUGUACAAAUAUCAACUCUUGUAGUUAUUGUGAGGAAAGAACACUAUUCUUGAUACAAAUUUUCAACAGAGCGUUCUUCUACGUUCUUCAAAAUUUCUAUGAUUUCUAAGGAUUGGAUGCAGUGCUGGAAAUAUUCCAAAUCAAUCUGAGUUCCACCGAGCUCACUCGAUGCGGCGUUUAAUUUUGUGUACGUGUGCUCUCGUAUCAAUGAAUGAGUUAAAUAUGGGCGUGAAUGCUGCUCGGGGAUGUGGAUUUCGAAUGGGAAACAAUUGAGAACAGCUGAAUUUUUUCCGUGUACCUGACAUAGAAGCUAGACAAAAUUUAGGAGUCAAAUCGUUCCUGUCAAGAAUUGAAAAGAAAGUUUAAGGCAAUUUUCUUCAGGAUACAAUUUCAAACAAAAACUUUAUUUAGGCAACUUCACCAUAAUAGAAGGAGAACACGUAAAAAAUAAUUAGGCAACUGUAUUCGAGGAUUAUAAUUAAUUUACCAGAUUUUUAGAAUAGUGUUGCCUGCUAUUAUAUACCGGUGAAAACUUUGAUAAAUGAAGCAGAUAUGAAGAAGUCACCCGUGGGCAACGUGAUACCUUGUGUUAGUGCUAUUCCAACAAGCGCUGUUUGAAUGAGUACUCGUCAGAUCUCAGACUGAGGAACUCGGGUCGCUUGUCGAGUUGCUCCUUGUAAAUAAUUCAUUCCGUAUGUGCAUACUACUUAGGCCGUAGACUUAUUUUAUACAAGAGUUUUCUUACAAGAACAUUUUUACUUGCGAGUAGCUUUUUGUAGGAUAUUGGCGCUAGAGAUACGAGCUAAUCUUGAGUGUCAAGCAUAUCGUGUAAAUAUAUUCUUGUAAAUGAGCUUUAGGAAGCCUAUGUCUGGUAGCUGCGGCGUGGCAGAGGGGAGAUGCAGGGUGUGAGCAUUGCUCUUUGCUCAUCAGUACGAUUUACUGAUACCAGAUGAAGGAUCUAUGAUUAGUGAGUAGGAGUUAGCGCAUGCUCCCUGACGCACGUUAUAUUCCUGGGUAUGUCGUAAGUAAUUUCAUGUGUUUACUGCGUAUGACUGGAUUCCCUCCUUAUGUUCACGUCGUUAUUUAAUGUAAAUUCUGCAGCUACUUUUUACGUUAUUAAUAGUUUUCGAUGUAAACUAGUUCUAUCUGGAACUUUCUUGUGUGGCUUUGUUCCUCAUCCGAAAAUUUCCAGACUUGUUCGUUCCGAAUUUCUUAUGUUCGAUUAUGUUUCGUGUGGCACCGCGGCCUAUAUGAAGAGGCAGACAGUUUAAUAAUUUCUACGUUGGAAAAUAAAUUGAAGAGAAUUUG